UGAAAAACAUCUCUUUGGGAUAGUAAAUUUGCUACAAUGAAUCCCUGCCAUGUGUGCGAGGAGCCGACCAAGAACAAGUGCUCCAACUGUAACCAGGUGUCCUACUGCAAUGCGCAGCACCAGAAGCAGGACUGGAAGAGCCACAAACCCAGCUGUCAUCCAUUCAAGAUCGCCCACAAUGAGCAACUGGGCCGGCAUCUGGUGGCCACUCGCACCAUUAAACCCUACGAGAUAAUCUUGAAGGAGGCUCCCCUGAUGCGUGGACCUGCCCAGAUCUCGGCGCCCGUUUGCCUGGGCUGUCUCAACAGCAUCGAGGCAGAUGAUCACAUCGAGUGCGAUCAGUGCGGGUGGCCACUGUGCGGUCCGGAGUGCAAGUCUUUGGAGGAGCACCAGGCGGAGUGUCGCCUCACCAAGGCGCGGGAUCAGAAGGUCAAUGUGCAGGAGUUCAAUGGACCGCAUCCACUCUACACGUGCCUCAGCACCGUCAGGUGUCUGAUGAUCGGGGAGACCAGUCCGGAGAAGGCCAGCAAGUUCCAGGAGCUGGAGACACUGGAGUCUACUAGGAGGGGCUCCAGCCAAUGGAAGGCCGACCUGGCCAGCAUCGGUCAAUUUAUUCCCAAAUUCUUCAAAACCCAAAAGUUCAGCGAGGAGGAGAUUAUGAGAGCCGUUGGUGCUCUGCAGAUAAAUGGUCAUGAGGUGCCGACUACUGAUCCCCCGCAUGUGGGUGUCUUUUACACGGCCUCCUUCACGGAGAACUCCUGCCUGCCCAAUCUGGCCAAGAGUUUCAAUAAGAACGGCCAUUGCAUCCUGUGGGCACCGCGGGAAAUCAAGAAGAAUGCCCAUCUGAGCAUCUGCUACUCGGACGCCGUUUGGGGCACCGCCGAUCGCCAGCGUCAUCUCAUGCAGACGAAGCUCUUCAAGUGCGCCUGUGAGAGAUGCGCAGAUGUCACCGAGCUGGACACUUUUUACAGUGCCAUCAAGUGCGAGGAUCGUCAGUGCGGCGGUCUGAUGCUGCCCAGCAAGGCGGACGACUGGAACGGCAGUUGGCGCUGCCGCGAGUGUCACAAGCAGGUGCAGAAGCACUAUGUGGAGCGCAUUUUGGAAAGGGCUGGUAAGGAUAUCCAGAGCAUGGAGAAGAAUGUCGAGAAUGGUUUAAAAUAUCUUAAGCACUAUGAAAAGUGGCUGCCUCCUCAGCAUUUUCACAUGAGUGAGAUAAAAAUCCUGCUCGUCCAGCUGCUGGCCAAGGAUCAAAAGGAGCUGAUGGUUAUUCCGGACGAUAAGCUGCUGCUCAAACUGAAUUUCGCCAGGGAACUCGUUCAGUUGUACGAGACACUUACGCCGUGUGAAGUUCGCACGCUCGGCACGCUUUGCUUCGAAUUGCACUCGGCAAUUGCCGAGCAAACUCGUCGAGUGGCCCUCGCAACGAGCCUGUCGCCGAAGGAUCGCCUGGAAGAGUCCUUGUUCUAUGUGGAAAAGUGCGUCAACUAUCUGCAAUACGAGUCUGACAUUUUCGUCGAGGGUCAUAUGCUUCGGCAAGCCAAGAUCAACCGGGAUGCACUGCGCAUGGUAACCAGGAUCUCCUAGGCAAUCAGUCAUGAAUCGAAUGAAAUCAGUUAAUACCCCUCCCAAAAGCCUGUAUCAAAAUUGCCAAUAAAUUGUCAUUACUAGAUCCCUCUAA